AGGUGAAAGAAGAGGCAAAGAAGAAAGAGGAGGAAAAGGAGAAGGAGGAGGAGAAGCCAAAGAAGGAAGAGGAAAAAGGGAAGAAAAAAGAGAAGGGAAAGAACAAAGGGAAGAAGGUGGCGAAAGGAACCAGCGAGGAGCAGGUGAAAGCACCGAUCGCUGCUCCAGAGCCGGAGCUCAAAACUGAGCCGGACAUCGAACAGGCUCCCGAUCAGCACUCGAUAAGCAGCGCAGAGCCAGCUCAGGAGGAACACAAGGAAACAGCGGCAACAAAGAAGGAGCCCGAAGCGGUAGCAGAAGGGAAGGAGGAGGACGCGGAAAAGAAGGAGGAGGAACCAGCGGAACAGGAGAAAGAAGUUAAAAAAGGAGAGGAAACUGCAACAGAGGUGGCAAAGAAGGAGAAGCCUGCAAAAGAGAAGAAAACAGAGAAGAAGACUGAAGAGGCUAAAGGCCCCAAACGACAGAAAACCAUGCAAUGCAAAGUCACCUUACUGGACGACACUCAGUUUGAGUGUGAGCUUGAUAAACAUGCUAAUGGCCAGGAGCUUAUAACAAAGGUCUACGACCAUGUCAACCUGCUGGAGAAAGAUUACUUUGGCCUGGGUAACUGGGAAACCCCAACCAACAAGACAUGGUUGGAACCUGCAAAAGAGAUCAGGAAGCAGGUUUCAGGUGCUGUCUAUGAGUUUACAUUCAGUGUGAAGUUCUACCCUCCUGAUCCAGCACAGCUUACUGAAGACCUCACCAGGUACUUUCUAUGUCUCCAGCUGAGGAAGGACAUAAUGCGCGGAGUUCUUCCCUGCUCCUUUGUCACACUAUCCUUGCUGGGUUCCUACGCGGCCCAGUCAGACCUCGGGGAGUAUGACCCAGAGCUCCAUGGAGUAGACUACGCUAAAGAUCUGAGUCUGGCCCCCGGACAGAGCAAAGAGCUGGAGGAGAAAGUGAUGGAGCUGCACCGCACAUACAGGUCAAUGAGCCCCGCCCAGGCAGACAUGUUGUUUCUUGAAAAUGCCAAGAAACUCGCCAUGUAUGGAGUUGACCUGCACCAAGCCAAGGAUCUGGAUGGUGUCGACAUUACACUGGGGGUUUGCUCCGGUGGUCUGAUGGUUUACAAGGACAAGCUGAGGAUCAACCGUUUCCCUUGGCCCAAAGUGCUGAAGAUCUCUUAUAAACGCAGCAGCUUCUUUAUCAAGAUCCGGCCGUCAGAGCAGGAGCAGUACGAAAGCACAAUUGGUUUUAAACUGCCCAACUACAAAGCCUCAAAGAAGCUGUGGAAAGUCUGUGUUGAAAACCACACCUUCUUCAGGGUUUCAACAGUGGAGCCUCCCUCAUCACGUCGCUUCCUCGUCUUGGGCUCAAAGUUCCGGUACAGCGGGCGCACACAGGCCCAGACCCGCCAGGCGAGCUCCAUGAUCGACCGCCCAGCCCCUCGCUUCACACGCUCGGCGAGCAAGAGGCUGUCGCGUAACCUAGAUGGAGCUGGAGAUGACACUCUCCAGUUACUCUCAGCGUCAACCAGGUCUGAGACUGAUGGUUUGUGGUUGAUUCUGGGGUCUGACAGACCUCAGCCUCCUCCUGAUUUCCCAGCCAGAGAAGAGUCUAAUCAGACCUUCAUUCAGUCCUGGGAGGAGGAGCGAUCUGUUCAGACAGUCACAGUGACCUGGCAGGACACCGGUCAGACUGGUUCUCAAACCAUCAGCCAGACAGUGGAAGGCGAGGGUUCUACCCCGCUGCAUCACCAUCCUCCACUUCCCUUUGUCCAACCUUUUGCUUUUGUGAAACAGCAAGCUGAGCUCAGCUUGACAAACAUGAGCUAUGUGGACGGGCUCUUGCGUCCUGCACUGAGAGAACAAGAUGAUUGGUUCCUCUAUUUUGACCGAAUCUUCAGCCUGUCUUCACUUGUUGAAAAACCAUUCUCUCCCCACGCACAGUUGCAGGUCCAGGAUAAGGACAAGCAGGAGCUGACCAGUGAGAAGUUCAUUGAGAGGCUUCAGGAAAUGGGGACCUUGGUGGAUAAGCUGACAGAGGCAAAUGCUUUGGAAAGGAAGCUAAGGGAAGUGAGGGAUUUGGAGGAAAGGCUCCAAGAAGUGGAUGAGAUUGCAGAGAAACUUCAAGAAGUGAUAGAGCAAGAAUUAGGGAAGGAGGAGCUAGAGAAGUUAAUAAAAGAAAAGGAGGAGGAAGAGGGUGAUGUAGAGACAGAAGUACAAGUGGAAGUUAUAACUUCAGAGAGAGAGGUUACAGAGAGGCCUCAGACUGAGGUGGAAGAUAAAGAUGUCUGGUUCAUGCUCUUUGACCGUCCUGCAUAUAAACCUCUUUACAAACCACCAGUUGUCGCUGUGGAACACGCCCUAGUGGAAAAAGGCAAGUAUUUCAUCUCAAAGCCUGAGAUUACAGCAGUUGAGGAGAAAACAGAGAUAAUAAUAGAAGAGAGAGUAAUACGAGAAGAGCAGGCAUGGAGUGCACCAGAGAUCCCGACACCACAGACCAUCACAGACAGAGAGGAUGACUGGUUUGUGUUGCUGGAUGUGAUUCCCAGAGAAACUCCUUACGUACCUCCAGUCGUCAUCAAGGAGCGAGACCAGAUGGAGGCUGAAAGUAUCAUCUCUGUGGGUGGAACUGCAGCUGAUGAGAUUACAGAAGUAGUUGUUGAAGAGAGAAAGAUAAUAGAAGAGGCACCGAGACGUCGACAAGAAAUCGCACAGCGGCCAGUAACAGACCGAGAUGAUGACUGGUUUGUGUUGCUAGAUGCGAUUCCCAGUGAAACUCCUUAUGUACCUCCAGUCAUCUUGAAGGAGCGAGACCCGAUGGAGGCUGAGAGUUUUGUCUCUGUGGUUGGAACUGCAGCAGAUGAGGAGAUUCAAGUUGUGGUUGUUGAAGAGAGAAAGAUAAUAGAAGAGGCACCGACACUAAGAGAAAUCGCACAGCGGCCAGUGACCGACAGAGAGGAUGACUGGUUUGUGCUGCUGGAUGUUGUUCCUAGAGAAACUCCUUAUGUACCUCCAGUCAUCUUGAAGGAGCGAGACCCGAUGGAGGCAGAGAGUUUUGUCUCUGUGGUUGGAACUGCAGCAGAUGAGGAAAUUAAAGUUGUGGUUGUUGAAGAGAGAAAGAUAAUAGAAGAGGCACCGACACUACAAGAAAUCGCACAGCGGCCAGUGACCGACAGAGAGGAUGACUGGUUUGUGCUGCUGGAUGUUGUUCCUAGAGAGACGUCAUAUGUUCCACCAGUUGCUGUUCUGCAGCGUGUUGAAGUGUCACCAGAAGAACGUGUCUCUCUGGUUGAAAUCACAACCGUUGAGCAGAGGGAAACUCGAGUGGAGGUUGUAGUAGAAGACACACAGAUAAAACGAGAGCUGAGUGAAACGGGAAUAGUUGCACGGCCACAGGCUGUGAAAGAGAUAGAAGAUGACUGGUUUAUCCUGCUGAAUGUUCCCAUUAGAGAAGCAGCAUUUGUGCCACAAGUUACCAUGGUUCAGGUUUAUCCUGAGGAAAGCAUUUCUGCUGUGGCUGAAAUGAUAGCAGUGGAGUCCAAGAAGGAAGUUGUGAUUGAAGAUAUUGUGAUGCAAAAAGAAGAAAAGAAGCUGCCCAUGCAAUUCAUUUCAGAGCUGAAAAUAUCUCAGCCUGUGAGAGCGAGAGAUGACGACUGGUUUCUGCUGCUGGAUGUUGUUCCCAGAGAAACUACAUAUGUGCCUCCAGUUUCUCUGGCAGUGCCGAGCCAAAUUUAUCCAAGUGUUGAACCUCAGGUUGAAGUGAAAGGCAUAGAGACGAAGGUGCGUCAGGUUGAACUUCACCAGAUUAGACCGCAGCUGUCCCGGCCACAGCCAGAGAGGGACGCCUGGUUUGUGCUGUUCGAUGCUAUUCGUGAAGAAACAGUCGUUAUACCAUCAGUUUCCCCUGUUGAGAUUAUUCUGGAUGUGGGGAAGGAGGUUGAGGUGACAACCACAGAGACUAGAACAUGGAAGAAGAUGAUAAUUGGUGGGGACAGCAGGCAAGAUGAGACACGUUUGUCUGAAAUUAGACCAAUCCAAGCGGCAUCGCCGUCAGAGAGAGAGGGAGGAGAUCAUUGGUUUGUCCUGUUCGACAUCGUCCAAGAAAAACCUGUUUUCGUACCACCAGUUGCUGUCGUUGAGCAUGCUGUCGAUGUUGUUGCUGGGAGAAAGGUGGAGGAUGUUUUGUUUAUUCCUCUGGAUGUGUCCCCUAAGAAAUCAGUUGCUGUGGUUGAGCAUGUUGUCACUGUUGUGGGAACCACUGAAAGAAAGGUGGAAGACGAUUGGUUUAUUCUUCUGGAUUUGACCCCUAAGAAAUCAGUUGCUGUCACUGAACGCAUCCAGCUCCCAGCAGAGGUCAGAGUUCCAACUGCUGUUGCCAAAAAGAGGGUCACUAUUUCCGAGAGGAGACCUCAGUUCGAGGAACGGAUCCUGGAGGAAAGACUUCCGCUCAUAAAGACACAUGUCAAUGAUGAUUGGUUUGUUCUUCUAGAUGUUGACCGCAAAGAGUCAGUGGUGAUCACGCAGAGGGGUGCCCGUCCUGUCAGCGCUCCGGUCUUUUCCCAGGCUGCUCUGGCUGAGGCAGGGAUCCCCAUGGCCCCCCUCGAGCAGCCCCAGACCUCCACUCCUAUUAAAACCAGCCGCCAGGAGGAGAGAAAGCUGGAGGUCACCGUAGAAGCUGUGGAGCCCUCAAAGAUUGAGGAGGGAACUGAGGUCAAGCCAGCAGCGUGGAGGGACCAGGGAGAAGUAAACUCUUCACUGAUAUCCACCGUCAAUGGGGACAUUCAGCACGAGUCAGAGGUCACAAGCACGGAGGUGGUGCGAAUGCGAAAGAAAAGAGCAAAGAAAAUUGAGGGUGACUCAAUUUAUAUCAGACAUAGCCUUUUAAUGUUGGAGGAGUUCGAUAAGCCUCAGGAGGAGCUGAUCAGGCAUCACGCCAGUAUCAGCAAGCUAAAGAAGAACUUCAUGGAAGCCGUCCCGGACUCCAGGCCCAGUGAGUGGGACAAGCGUCUGUCCACACACUCUCCGUUCCGCACCCUGGGUAUCAAUGGUCAACCUCUGGCCAGUGCAGAUGGGAGUAUGUGCAUUAGUUCCCUUUGCAAUGGUUCAGAGAAAGAGGAAACCAGCAGCAGUUUGGGCUCAUCAGGCGCACGCAGGCCCGCUGUGUGCCGCAAGAGGGAGCCUGAUAGUGUCGAAGCCCACGGUGCUCCUGUUGAGGAAGACUCAUGUGAACAAGAUGGUGUUGUAGUUUUUGAGACUUCAUUGGUGCCCAUCGUAGAGGUGGAGAAGGCCCAGUUGCCUGCCUCCCUCGAGCCCGGCUGUAAAGCUUUAGAUGAGACCCAGGAGGAAGAAGGAUCAUGUCCUGCAGUGUCGGAGCGCUCUGGGAGGAUAGUCGGAUCUGCCCCAGCCUCCUAUUUCAGGAGCCAUGGUCCACAGGUCAUACGUUGCUUCCAGCCCCCUCUGGUGCAGACCCAGACAGUCACCAUCACAGCUGCCUCCAUCUCCUUACCCACCGGCAUCUCCACCACAGAGGUCCCUAUCGUCCCGACCAAGACCUUCACCUAUGAGUCUUCAAAGGUGACAGAUGAUGGGACAGACGAGGACAAAGACAGCACAACGGUGUCCAGCUCCCAGACCUCAGAGACCACUAGUGGCACCACAGUCACCACCACUACCACUCACAUCUCAAAGGUAGUGAAAGGUGGAUCCUCAGAGACUCGUGUGGAGAAGAGGAUUGUCAUAACUGCAGACUCUGACAUUGAGCCAGAUAAGGAGAAACAUGGCGGAGCAUCAGCAUUGUAACUGAAUCCCCACUUUCAUUUAUUUCUUGGACUCUCCACGUCCGCCACCCCGUCAUCGGAGUGCAGCGAUCAGCACGCACUGACCAGCUCUAUCUACGCACACAAAUACCCAAAAAGAAAUAUCUCACACAUCUGCAACUAAAUUGAAUAACUUGAGUAGAUGAAAUGUUUGUGGAAUCUUUUUUUUUUUUUCAGUCGAGCUGUUCAUUGUAGGUAGACGGCAGCAGCACAGGUUUUCAGUUUUUGUUAAAUACUUAUCCUGAUGUUCGAAAAAUACGCUUAGCAAAUACACUUCUAUUGGUUGAAAGACAGCAUUUUCAGUUAUGUGAUCUCAGUUAUGUUUGCUUUUAAAUGCUUUUAAUUUCCUAGUUGUUUUUAAAUUGUUAAUUUUAUACAAACGCACUGUCACCAUGCUAGUUUAGACACAGUUUUCAGCAUUUAUCCCCUUGGUGCUGCGAGGGAACGUUAAGACUACAUUCAAGGUAACUCUUGUUGUUUGCUUGUCUAUUUAAUUCAGGAGAGACCUUAUUUUUUUUUUUAAUGAAAUGACAUACCUCACAUUAAUAUGUGAACAAAGAUAUUCUGUGCUUUGGACAGUUUGUUCGCUUUGUUCACUGCUCAGGUACAAAAAACGAAAACCUAAAAUCUUUUCUUUUUUUUUUCAAACCAGCGAAGGAAACGGUAGCCUACACGUCAUUGUAAAGUUUGAAUUACAAAUUGAUCUAUUUUGAAAUAUUUCUCUAUUUUAUAGAAUUGAUGCUUUUAUAGUAUUUGUACAAAUUGAGGUUUUUAAGUUAUUCAUAUCCAUCUUCUCAUGAAAUUGUAGGUUGCCAAUGUGCUGUUUACCGAAUCUUAAGUCUUGCCUGACGCCCUGAAUCAUUCUUAUUCGUUUCCUCUUGUAGUCCACCAAGUUUAUCAAACCUUUUCACAAUUUACGUGUGACAAUGGAGUGCUUCCCUCAGCCAUGUUUUAUUCAGUAGCAUAGAAGUCAUAACUGCUUUCAAUAUAUUUGGUUGAUUUAAAAAAAAAAGUCUGUUUAUCUCAGGUUUUGAUAUUCUUUGUAAGACUACAGACCUCCAUGACUGUAUGUGGAAUGUCCAUAUAUGUAUAUCCAUCCCUGUUACCCUACCUACAUGUACAUUUAUGUUCAGCUCAGUGAGGUCAAUUAAUAUAAAAGCUUGUCUGUCACGGUAAACACAUGUAUAAGAGGUGAAGGCAGCUGUCCCUGUAUAUGUGGCUUUUCUCUCAUAGGAGCACAAGUUGUCUUUUUUACAUGUUCUACUAUACAGUAAUUUAUUUGUAAAGUAGGAAAUGUGUCAUGUGAGUUGAUGUACUGUGAUGUUGCAACACAAGCUGGUUUCCACUGAAGAUGUCACAAUGUUAAAUAUUCCAUUCAUUAUCAACCAAGUUUGUAAAAGCCUUUUUACCAUAUACUCUUAGUAGAUUUGCUCUCUCACUUGCUGUUAUCCUGGAUCUUUCCAUAGAGGUGGAAAUACUUUAAAAAUAUACGGAUCCCUUUUUAGAUAGAAUGUUUGUUAGCAAACUUUUUUUUUUUAACCCCAAAAAGAAGUUAUUGUAGUUACAUGGACAACAGCAAACUCCCCUGGAAGAAAUUGUAGAAUUCCACUUGAAGAAAAUUAGUUUUUAGACGAUGGAAAAUAUUGUUGCUUUGUGACUUAUCCGUCUUUUUAUGAAAAAAAUAAAAUAUGCAUUAUGUUGCA